CAUAGCCCGUCCGUAUCAGCCUUAAAACCCACUGAGCUGGCAUGAGAAGGUCAGUUACACCCACUCUUGCGUGCAUGUGACCUGUGAUGGUUUACAUCAGCGACUUACCGCCCCAGGAUCGCGACUAGUGUCUUCUGGCGGCGUUCAACAUGACGAAGGUGGCUCCCCUGUGGGCUCUGCUCAUCUUCAUCACCCAGACUGGAUCUGUACGCAGUGACAUGGUGUUCCUGCAGAGGAACGAAGGCGACUCGGUGCUUCUCCCCUGCGCCGUCGAGCCGAGGGAAUCUCCGCCCUUCGGGGUCUACCUGAAGCGCCACUGGCUGCGUCCCCGCGAGGUCCUGUUCAAGCACGUCGGCCACGAGCACACCGUAGACAACGGCGAGGACAAGGGCCGCAUCAAAGUCAGCGGAGACGCCAACCUCCACGCUCUGAAUGUGACCAUCUCGCAGCUGAGUGCGGCGGACACGGACCGCUACGUGUGUGAGUUCAUUGUGGCCACCGUUUCCUCCGAGGACGAGCGGAGACCUGGAAGCAGCGAGUUCUUCCUCCUCGUUACGGCCGAUGCCCCCGCCAUGGCCGACUUAGGGUCGGUAGAGACGUGUUCGGGGGGCUCAGCCGUGCUCCCCUGCCUCCCCCCGCACGGCGAGGCCCUGCCCGUUGAGGGGGUGAGUCUGAAGCGGCAGCGGGGCCGGGCGCCCGCGGAGGUGCUGUACCACUCAAAGCGUCACCAACACGGCGGCAGCCCCCUUCCUUCCCCCUCGUCCUCCCGGUUCUCCGCGGAGAGGGUGCAGCUGUCCUCGGCGCCCGGCCCCGGGGGCAUCACCUACAACCUGACCCUGCUGCAGCUGCAGCCGGCCGACAGCGGCCUGUACAGCUGCCAGCUGCUCCUGCGUGGCGGGCCCGACACCAGCACCGGUCUGGGGACACGUGCGUUCUUUGUGUCCGUGCAAGGAGGUCAGUGCGGCUGCUCCAACUACUCCACCCUGCUGUAUGCUCUGUCCUCAGCGGUGGUCAUCCUCGUCCUCCUGCUCGCCCUGCUGUUUGUGGUGUUCUAUAAUGGCAAAGCCCGCAGCAGUUCCACCCUCAAGUCCCACCCUCAGGCCCCCAUCUACGAGGAGAUGACCGGGUUGCAGGCUUUCGGUCGAAAACCGCAACCCCGGCAUCUGGAGGAACAGGCUUCAUCUGAGUACACAAACUGCCAGCAGAAGAAAUCCUGUCCCGAAAACCAUUACGAAAGCCCCAGCGGGGCCCUCGGCCCUCGGAGUGAUGCUCAGAAAUGAAAUGUCAGACAUUGGCCCCAUCUUUGCUAACUAGUACAAUAGAACCUCUGCAGUAUCUCCAGCAGGCUGUGACAGAAAGGUUCCCCCUGCACGUCUUCAGGUCAGGAGUGUGGGAGAGGAGAGAGGGAGUCUGUACCCCCCCCCCCCCUCUUUAGCACUAAAAUCUGCCAAAAACUCCCCAGUUUACAUUUAAAUACCUGACAAACUUAUUACAUUGACCCUAAAAUCCUCAAAAAGAAUCAAUCAAACUUUCCAUACAGAUCCUGUUUAUUGGUUUGUAUGUGGCUUUUAUUUCUCAUUUCUUUGAAAACAAACGUGGUAAUGGAUGCCUUGUGUUAUGCGGCCACUCUAAAAAAAAAAAAAAUCACGAAUUGAAAGACCAAAGUGUCCAAUCUGCCUAACCUGCAUAACAAGCGGUUUCCUUGCAGAACCAAACAAACCGCUGCACCUCCUGCACACCACAUUACCCGCUGGCAUUGCGGAUAAUGUGACGGUACAGCCCGAGCUGCCUGGUUUAUUGACCCCAAAGUAUUGUUUUCGAUGACAUUUGUCUAUGCAUUUAUCUCCAGUACGCUUGACUCCUGGGACGGCGUGUUUAUGCGUCUCUGUAAAAAGCCAAGCAGAACGCUGCAGCUCGAGUCCUCACUAGGACCAGGAAAGUGGAUCACAUCCCUCCAGUUGUCUUCACACUGGCCUCCUGUCAAAGAAUUUACUUUAGACCCCGGCUGUCGGUUUAAAGCGCACUGAAUGGUUCGGGGGCCACGGUACAGUUCGGAUCUGCUGAUACCUUGUGUGAUGGUCGUCUGGGACGGGUCUACUUUCUGUUCCCAGUCAAAGCAGCUUCAGUUCCACAUACUGUAUCUGAAACUAAGUCCCAGAAAGCUGUUUGCUGUUUUGCUCCUCAAACUAUUUUUAAGUCUCCUUGCUUCAUGUUUGGAUGUUUUCAUUGAAUUGCUUGUGGAAAUGUGCUAUUCCAAUACAAUACUAGGACUUUUUUAAAUGCCAUUUCAUUGUAUUGUCUCCCACCCUUGAAUAAAUUGUUUAUUAUU